GGGAAAUUUAGAAUUGCCUGCUUCUUUGGAUCACGAACAUAACAACGCUAAAUAACGGCAUACAACUCAAAUCCAUAAACAUAAACGUUAGUGUGUCAGAGUUGCUGGUCGAGCCAACACAACAAAAUGUCAAGGAAGAAAGGACUAAGUUUAGAGGAGAAGAGAACUCGCAUGAUGGAGAUAUUCUUUGAAACGAAAGAUGUGUUUCAGCUGAAAGACAUUGAGAAGAUCGCCCCUAAGACAAAGGGCAUAGCUCCCAUGACGGUGAAGGAUGUGCUGCAGAGCCUGGUGGAUGACAACAUGGUGGACUGUGAAAGAGUGGGUACAUCUAACUACUACUGGGCCUUUCCCAGCAAGGCCCUGCACGCUCGCAAGCACAAACUGGAGGAGCUGCAAAAACAGAAUUCUCAAGCAAAGCAGCGGAAAGCGUCUCUAGAAAGCGCUGUGGAAAAAGCCAAAGUGGGACGUCAAGAUACAGAGGAAAGAAGCUCUCUGCUGAAGGAGUUGAAGGCUCUUCGAGAGGAGCGAGCUCAGCUGCAGGCCGAGUUGGAUAAAUACAGGGAAUGUGACCCUGAAGUCAUUGAGGAGAUGAGAAAGUCAAACACUGUAGCAAAAGACGCUGUUUCCAGGUGGACAGACAAUGUUUUCUCCAUCAAGUCAUGGACAAAGAAGAAGUUCGCCUUUGAUGACAGCCACAUUAAUAAAGCCUUCGGGAUCCCCGAGGACUUUGACUACAUGGACUGACUGCCAGCUCCUCUACCAGAGUUCAUGGCCUCAAUAAGGGAAAAAUAAGUAGUUAAGCUUCAGUUUGAAAGCAGUAUACCUGGUCUCAGCAGUUCUAUCUUAUGUUCUGUGGAUCAGAGUUAAAAUAAAUGCACCAGGGUUCAUAUUUGUGGUGGCCUUUGAAUAAGGAUGGCUCUCAGUAAGCUCUCAGUGGCGGAUGGACUUCAUCAGCAGAUAUGUUGCUUUGGUGCAACCAGAGAAGAGAGGCACCAACCAUUCGAGGCUAUGAGGGGUGACACAACCUAGCAGCCUGACUUUUGGGACACCUGUUUGCAUGAAAACUGAGAGCCCCAAGUUGAUGAUGGAAAGGAAUCAACACUUAGCACAUCUGUGCAGCCAAUGAGCUAAUUUAUAUGGUUUAAACAGAUGGUUUGGAAUCAAAUGCUUGUGCACUUUUUUUUCCUAUGUUUUAUUUUUGCUUGGAGGGGGCUUCUUGUUCUUCAUUCACAAAGUGCAUUGGGACUAACAGCAGAAUUAAAUUACAGAGGACAUGUUUAGGAUAUGUAUGCAAGUGCUGUAAAUAUUUAAAGUACAUUUACUUUUUGCAGGACCUCUUUUCUCAUGUUGCAAAUAAAAUGUCCCUCUGAGUUUUAUAAGCCAUUUUAUGCAGUUGAAUUCCUUCCAAAAUUUAGGGUGCAGUGUAUAAAUGUAUUCACACAGGGUCUCCUAUCUUCUGUGCUUUCAUUUCUUUAAAAACUGCCACUGGAAAAUUGUAAACUCUGUCACAAAAGCACAACGUUUUUUUCCCAGAGUUGCACACUCACUUUCUUUAUGAACAAACAAAAAAAAAAAAAAGGAACACUGUCACGACAUGUCGAGAAUGACUGCUGCCCAGCUUAUUUUCCUCCCUUUUUCUGUCAAACCAGAUGCAAAACAGGUAGUUGUGUGUUCUGUGUUAACGCACUGACCUAGUUGCCAUUGUGUCUGGCUUUGUUGAUUUAAAUUUCAAAUGUGCUUCCAUGCUUGUUUUAC